UCAAAAUUAAGGUCAGAAAUGGCGAUGAACACCAAGUUUACCGACGUUACGAUGUAUUUGAUAUAAUUUCAUUGUCAGGAACAACUUUUGAAAUACAAUACUAAAUGAGCACCAUCAUAAUGUCUGUCCCGAAGAACAGAUCACACAGCAAGAGCUCCGACUCAGUACAGGAGGAACAUAUGACAAUGACGCUCUUACAACAGGUACCACGAGACCCAGAGUUUCCUAUACAACAGAAUGAAUCUCGUGAGAAUCAAGGUGAACUUACUAAUGCCAUAAUUAGUGAUAGAGUUCAGCCUUGUGAAAAUGUGAAGGGAGAUACAAGAACUACACCAGAGGAGAGUUCAGUUAGUGAAUUUCAUCAGACUGCAUCAGAUAACUUGACAGGCUUAGGUCAGUCAGGUGGAUGUACCAGUCAUUGUAGGGAUGUUAUGCUAGCACAAGACAACAGGAAUGUGGAAGGGUUACCAUCUGCUGAGGACAAACUGGUUAAUGAUAAAAAGAAAACAAAUCUGUGUCUAAGUUCAUUGGUCGAGGUUCUUGGUAAUCAAUAUGAAAACAAUUAUACUGUAAACACAGAAAAGGAUAUGCUUGAGAAUGACCAGGCUCUUGAUCAAGACAGUUAUAAGUAUGGCCAGACUCUUGUACAGGAAACCUGUGAGAAUCACAAGUCCAGUGUAUGCAAUUCUUAUAUACCAGAACAUCAGAUUGUGCCAAAAGGACCAAACUUUGUGACACGGAUGAUGUACAUGCAGUUUUCUGUCCAUCGCAGAGACGGACCAUACUUUGUGACACGGAUGAUGUACAUGCAGUUUUCUGUCCAUCGCAGAGACGGAUCAUACUUUGUGACACGGAUGAUGUACAUGCUGUCUUCUGUCCAUCACAGAGACGGACCAUACUUUGUGACAUGGAUGAUGUACAUGCUGUUUUCUGUCCAUCGCAAAGACGGACCAUACUUGGUGACACAGAUGAUGUACAUGCUGUUUUCUGUCCAUCACAGAGACGGACCAUACUUGGUGGCUCGGAUGACGUACAUGCUGUUUUCUGUCCAUCACAGAGACGGACCAUACUUGGUGACACAGAUGAUGUACAUGCUGUUUUCUCUCCAUCGCAAAGACGGACCAUACUUUGUGACACGGAUGUACAUGCUGUUUUCUGUCCAUCACAGAGAUGGACCAUACUUGGUGGCUAAGAUGAUGUAUCUGCAGUGUGUUCUCCUUUGCCGUAAUAAAUCAUACGCGCUGUAUACUGGGAAGGCAUGCAUGAAGCUUGUCUGCCAUUUACUUGUGAAGGACUUCAAUGUAACCAGAAAAGGUUGUUUCCCUAAGUCUGAUCAGCAAAAGUACGGAAACAAAUUUCUUGGAAGUUUGUCUACGCAGCUGAACAAUCAAGUAGUACAAGUGUAUGCUGUAGUUUUUAAUAACUACAUGUAUGGUAAUGGAGUUCUCACACAGAAUCAUACUAAUGUGUUGGCUGUCUCAGACCAUGAGUCGCCUCUCCAGUUAUUUAAUCCACAACAGCACCAACAUAAUCCUGUAGCAGUGGAAGUCGUUGAAGGUCCAAUACAGCAUCCAGCACAGAAUGAUGCUGGUGUGCUGGCUAUCGCAGACCUUGAGUUGCCUCUCCAGUUAUACAAUCAGUUCCCACACCAAAAUAAUCCUGUAGCAGUGGAAAUCCUUGACGGUCCAAUACAGCAUCCACCACAGAAUGAUGCUGGUGUGCUGGCUAUCGCAGACCAUGAGCCAAAUCCAAAUACCAACAACCAUAAUGCAGAUUAGAACCAGCAACUUGCAAUGGGGAUUGCUGUUGCAUUUGUUGUAAUGGCAAUACCAAUACCAAUGAAUGAGUUAAACUGGUCAGGAAAUAAAGAUGGCAGUCAGACCGUCAUCUUAGAUUAUAACUAUUCAAGAUUGACAUCACUAUUUCUCCAGAAGUAUUUGACAAAUCCGUCUUGACUUUCAUGCAUAUAUUUCCCUUGGUUCGUAAUUGUACACAUUAAGCCCAAUUGCUUUUGAUAGUUCAAGAUUGUUAUCACUAUUUUUCGAGAAUUCCCUUGACAGCUCUUUCUUAUAAAUCAUAUGUAGGUUUCCCUUGGUCUAUACGUUUGCAUGUUUCAUUUUGAAUCUGAUUGAAAAAGCAUGAUCAAGGUCACUGUUAUUAAAAAUAGGAAACUUUGUGCUGUGAGUUCAUAGCUUUGUCACUUUCGUUCGAAGUGAUUAAAUUGCUUUAUUGAGUUAUAUCGCAUUAUUUUGUAUCCCAAGUCAAGGUCUCUAGUAACAGAAAUAAAAAGUUGUACAAUGACAUAGUCACUCUAGUGCCUUCAUUUAAAGUGACUAAUUCCUCUGAAACUUUAGACUGAGUUGAAGCAUCAAGUUAAGUUGGUGUCCUACCAUAUGGAAUAUACAUGUAGAUAUAAAAACAGACAAGCUUGUUUUUCUGAAGCUCGAUCAAUGACACUUAACCUUUUUCAUCCUGACGAUUAAGUCAAGAGUGCUGGGAUUAUUUUAGGGGAGGGGAGGAGGGGAUUACAUGAUUUGCAGAACAGGAUGCAAUCCUCUGGCACACCAUGAAAAGUUGUGAGAUGGCUGGACUUGGAAGCCCUAUAAACUUGGCCUGCUGCACAUCACUGAUUUAGAUAUUAUUCAUAUUUUUGAGUGAAUUAAAGUUGAGUAAACUCCAUCCAGGAUAAAAUGAGGUAAACAAGUUUAUACAGUACAUUGUACAGACAUUUUGAUUUGUUGAAAUGUUUUUGUUUUGUAAAUAAGAUAUCUCAUAUGAUAAACAUUCUUUGCAUCUAAAAAAAAGAAAGAUAAAAAAAACUUAGUUGCAUCAAUUUAUUGUAGAAUAUUGCAGUCUAUGUAUUUAACCAUAUUAAAUUUUAAACUGAGAAACAUGAUUCGGUAAACUCCAUAGUAGUAUAUUGUAGUAUCAUCAUUUGUAAUACAUUCACUAUUAUGCCAUGUUCUGAUUAGUUACUUGAUAUAUAGUUCACUGACUCAGUUGCUGUUUGCAUAAUGAAAAUUGCUAAUAUAUGUUGUAUAUAAUGUAUUAAUAUGCGUGUACUGUUCAUGCUUUUUUGGUGUGUUUUUUUGCGCUCUUUGUUAAGGGAUGUUUUAUUACAAAUAUAUGUAAGAAUUAAACUCGACAUUUAUUAGCUCUUAGUGCUGAUGAGCUAAAUGCCAUACCGUGGCAUCUGGAAUCUGUCGUCCACCAUCACCUUUUCCAUUCAAACAACUUCUUCAUAAUAACCAACAUGCUUAAGAUGAUGAUAUAUGGACAGUGGCAUGCUGGGAUGAAAAAACUAUGAAGUUUGUCCAAGUUAAUGACCUUGACCUUCUUUCAAGGUCAAAGGGCUCAAUUAUGUUACUAUCUUGAAACAACUUCUUCUCGAAUCAAAUGGUUUAGAGUGAUGAUAUAUCUGACCAUUAGCAUGCUGUGAUGACAGUAUUCAAAUUUUGUUCAAAUGAAUAACCUUGACUUUCUUUCAAGGUCACAGAGGUCAAAUGUGUUAAAAUACUCAGAAACCUUCUUCUGAAUAUUGAAGGUCUGUCAAGUUUGGUCAAAUUAAUGACCAUCCCCACUUUCAAGGACGCAGGGAUAAAUGGAUUUAAAUCUUUCAACAGGUUCUUCUGAAUAACCAAGAGUAACAAGUAAUGAUAUUCAGCCUGAAACUUAAUUGACCUGGUAGUCCAUUUACAUAUAUUUGCCCUUGGCUCACUUUGAAGUUUACUUGUAAUAGAAGAUACCAGGUGAGCAUUAUAGUUCCAUCAGGACUCUUCAGUUUCUUUUCAAAUGUUGUUUUGUCCACAUAAUUUGUUUGACUCAUGUCUUUGACAAGUGAAAUCAACAUUUAUCCAUGACAAUCAUGGUAAAAGUUUAACCAAAAAAAAGAACACUGUUAUUGCAGAAAUUGAUGUAUCCACUUUUUUCUGAACAGACUUUGAUUGAACUUAAGUAUUAGUCAGAUAUGAAAUAUCUGAAACGAGUUUGUGUUUCAGGAUUUCUAAUUGUCAUCAUUAUUAUUUAUAGAAAAUAAUUUUUAGUGCUCUAGCAACUUCAUAUCUGAACAAAUUUGAUCAAACUUUCUAUAUAACUGGUUAAGUAAGAGAAUUUGUUAGACACAUUCCUGUUUCAGGGUAUCCAGGGCAAGGUUAUCUUCACUGUACAGAAAAGCAUUGCCAUGAAGUAUACGUAGUGACUUCAUUUCUGAAUGGAUUUUGAUCAAAUGAUGUACUUAGUAAGCAAGUAUUGGAAUGCUUUUCUGGGUCAAGGUCACCAUCAGUAUUUAUAGAAAAUCUUUCAUUCAAGAUUUGUAUUUUUUACAUUGUUGUUGUUUUUUAGCUCACCUGGCCCAAAGGGCCAAGUGA